UGUUACUUGGCUGAACUUUGCAUAUCAGUGAAGUGCGGCUACACAUUCUUUCAUAUUCCAUUCGUCGCGCUUGUCCGGUGAUUUCAGCAACGAACGUAUUUCAGGUCAGAGCUGAGAAGUGGUUUCUAGUGACUUCCAUCACUGUGCUCGUUAAAUCUUGAACACACAAUGACAUCUAUGAAAGUGCUGCUAUACUCAAGAUGGGGCUAUUUCCUCCAAAUUGACGGGCAGCAAAGAAUUCGUGGUGUGAGAACGAAGGACGACUUUUGUGGUAAGAGGACAAUGCGGCCGGAAAUCUGACUUUGAGACUGUACUAUGCGUUAUAAUUACCUUAUAAUCGAAUUUAAUGGUGAAGUGUACAAACCUGCAGUGUUAUCUGUACCAAACAAUUGACCCAUUCUGCUCGUUUCAAACCCAAAGUGUUUAUUACUCUUCCAGAUUUAGAACUGAAAACGGUUGAUUUUGGCAAGGUCACUAUUCGAGGAGAGAAAACCAAAGCUUAUGUUGCGGUGAAUGCUCAAGGAGAGUUGUGCGUGGCAGUAAGUUUCUUUCAAUAAAAUUCAAAUAAAUGUAGAGGUUAAAGACACAAUUUAUGCAGUUAAUUAAACUCUCCGCGUGUGGUUGGCUUGCAGUAGCACUUUUUAAAAGCUGUCUGGGUUUGUUUCCGGAGUUUUCAAUAGUGAUUUAGCGCUGAAGUACCAUGCGAGCAGAGUCUCCUUCGAUCUCCUUAGAAAAUAAGAUCGAAGGAGACUCUGCUUGCAGGGUAGCGCUGAAGCGAAGGAAUAUAUAUUUUUACGUGAUCAAUUCUAAGAGUUAUUUAUGUUGAUGUUUUCAGUGUGAUAUUACUACUCUGCCAGCUUAAUAUAGCCAUAUAUUGGCCUAGCUGAAACUGAUUCGUCUACAGUUAUCAUAGUUGGUUAACCCUUUAAGUCGCCAAUAGGGACCAACAACAGCCGAUCCCAUGGGCUUCUGCCAACAACAAUUUUCUCCUAACAAUAUCCUUACAUCGUCAAGAGAUGAAGUUAUGAGAAUUAUUAAAAUGAUCACCAAAGAGAAAAUGCUUUGAUCAUUUAUCAAAUUCUCUCAACUAAUUGUUAAAGGAGAUGUAUUGAGAUCAGUUUGGAGAAUUUGUAUGUGGAUAUUGGGGCUUAAAGGGUUAAAGCCAUAAGAGGGCUUUCACCUUGAGCCAUUAUUCUGAUAACCAGUAGAGGCCACAACAGGAAGGGCUCCCUUAAAAAAUACUUUGAAUGGGGACUUGUAAUAUCAUUUUGGUGUCAUACGUUUCUAAAACUAAAGAAAAAGAAAACUGGGCAAAGCGUUGAUGUUCUUGCUCUGCGGCCGGCGACCAGGUCUCCUAGGGCUUUUCUCUUGAAACUGUGGUCUUGCUUUUCGGUGGGUGGGGGAUUGAAACACAAAUAAUAAAUGAUAAUAAUAGUCAUCAAUUGCCGUCGUUGAAAGGUUCAAAGACGACGUUUUGAGCGAUAACCCCUUACCACAGCGAAUCGGUUUUUUUUCGACGUGCAAUUGAGUUGAUGUAAAAAUACAUUUGCAGUUUUUACCCUUUUACAAGGGAGCGGCAAAAUGGAGGAACUAUAGGCGGGGUACUCAACAAAGUUUUAUACGAAGAGGUUCCGCCCCGAGGUCCAACCCCUCACCUUUUAUAUACCAUGUUUGACAGACAAGGUACCCCUUUGAUAUGUCUGGUUUGCUCCUUUUACAGACCGAAAUGACAGAUUUCAGUCCCAACCCUUAAUAUACUUCAACUAGUGAAACUGGGCUCCCGCCCUUUUAUCAUACACCUUACGCCUGAAAAAGGAACCCCAUUCGAGCGGAGCUUCGCCGUAUUGGCCAUUGUAGGGAAUAACUCCCGGCCUUUUACCUAACACAACCUAUUAUGGCUAGCUAGUUGCCAUUUUUAUUAGAUAAAAUAGUCUUCGUUUUGGUGCCGCCAUUUUUAAUGAAUAGAGGGUCCUGGGAACAAGGUUGUUAAUAAAGUUCCCUUUGUUCACAGGAAAGCACGAACCCGUCGUGUGUAUGGACAGAGAUUCAACACCUUGAUGGAUAUAAUUAUUAUCAGUCUGAUCUGCACAGCAAGUUCUACAUGGGGUUAAAAAGGAUUGGUGUUCCGAAGAACGGAGACAAAUCUGGUCUUGGCCAAGUAGGGUGCGGUUUUCUAUCGAAACCAAUAACAUGAAGAGAAGUUCCUAAUUUGAGGUCAUAUGACAGUUUUCGAGAAUACUCCUUAAUUAAGUAACUAUUUUCAUAAGAACUUCCGUAAAAUGCUUGGUUCAAGCGCCGCGCCCACUGGUUCUUAUACAUCGGCUGAGGAAACUGCCAACAUUUCGCGACGCCACCCCUGGUGACUCGAGAAACGAGCAAAGAAGUUCCAUACUGAUGACGCGUCACUAUUCAAAUCUGGGUGGUGCUUCUGAUUGGUUGAACCAAAUCUUUAACCAAUCAGAAGCAUUACCCAGAUCUAGGUAGAUAUGCGUCAUCAGUAUGGAAUUUCUGCGCUCAUUCCUCAGAUGAAAUUUUGCGGGAAAACCAGUGGUGGUAUCGCUAAAUUUCGGCUGUUUUCCCAGCAGGCUACUCAUGCACAUGCUUAUGUACAGAAUCUAAUUUGAUGAAGUUUGACUUUGGAGCCAGGGAUGGUUUAACCGGCGAACUUAGGUUACAAGAAAAAAAAGGCAUACAUUAGGAUUGGCGCAUGAGAAAACCGGCCCCCUACAUGUUAGCGCCCAAUAACACGAAAGUUGGCGUUUACCGAUUUUUACCUUACCAAAAUUGAGAGAGGAUCUUGCCAA